AAGAGCGGCUGGUGGGGCCCGGCCGGGCCAGAGCGUCGGGGGGCAGCGAUGCUGAGGUUACUCCUGGCCUGGGCGGCCCUGGGACCCACCCUGGGGCCCACCCUGGCCCAGGCUCCGGGGCCCGCCGAGGACGCUGCAGCCUCCUGCGGGCCGACCAGCUGCUACGCGGUCUUCUACCGGCGCCGAACCUUCCUGGAGGCCUGGAGGGCCUGCCGAGAACUGGGGGGCAACCUGGCCACCCCGAAGACGCCGGAGGAGGCCCGGCGCGUGGGGCUGCUGGCCGGCCGGGAGGCCCCGAAGGCGCCCGGCCGGCUGCUGUGGAUCGGCCUCCAGCGGCAGCCCCGCCAGUGCCACCCUCAGCGCCCGCUGCGGGGCUUCACCUGGACCACCGGCGACCAGGACACGGCCUUCACCAACUGGGCUGCGGCCGGCGGCCCCGGCGCCUGCCCGGCCUCGCGCUGCGUGGCCAUGGAGGCUGCGGGCGGCCAGCUGUGGCGUGAGGGCUCCUGCACGCUGCCCGUGGACGGCUACCUGUGCCAGUUCGGCUUCGAGGCGGCCUGCCCGGCUCUGGAGCUCGAGGAGGGCCAGGCCGGCCCCGCGCUCUACACCACCCCCUUCCAGCUGGUCACCGACGCCCUGGCCUGGCUGCCCUUCGGCUCCGUGGCCGACGUGCCCUGCCUGGACGGCGGCGGCGCCUCCCUGCUCUGCAUGCAGAGGCCCGAGGGGGGCGUGGGCUGGUCCCGCCGGGGGCCGCUGUGCCCGGGGCCGGGGCUGGGCAGGGCCGGCUGCGCCCUGGAGAACGGCGGCUGCGAGCACGAGUGCGUGGAGGAGGCGGGCGGCCGGGCGUCCUGCCGCUGCGCGGAGGGCUUCAGGCUGGACGGCGACGGGCGCAGCUGCGUGGAUCCCUGCGCAGACGCCCCCUGCGAGCAGCAGUGCGAGCCGGGCGGGCCCGGGGGCUACAGCUGCCACUGCCGCCUGGGCUUCCGGCCGGCCGAGGACGACCCGCACCGCUGCCUGGACACGGACGAGUGCCAGAUCCCCGGCGUGUGCCAGCAGAUGUGCGUCAACUACGUCGGGGGCUUCGAGUGCUACUGCAGCGAAGGGCACGAGCUGGAGCCCGACGGCAUCAGCUGCAGCCCCCUGGGAGCCGGGCAGGGCGCGCUGGUCGGGGAGACGCAGGAGGAGGACGAGGACGAGGACGAGGACGAGGACGAGGAGGCCUGGGACAGCUUCGAGGGCGGCUGGACCGAGUCCGCCGGGCCCCUCUGGCUGGACCCCACAAGCCAGGCGCUCGCUUUUGAGCCGCCCUCCAGACCCCUGCUCCCCCACGGAACUCCCUCCAGGCCGCCCCUCUUCGUUCCCCCGAGGUCUCCCUACCGACCCCCGCUCCUCUCAGUCACCCGGCCCCCUGCCCACUGGCUCCCCGUGAUCCCCGCCACCCGCCCACCUCUGCCCCCAGCCUACAAACUCCCCGUCUUUUCUGCCACCCUCGCCCCUGCGCACAGGCUUCCUCCCACCCUCGUGUCCCGGCCCCCUUUGCCUCCCCGGGGGCCCAGCACCCACCUUCCGCAGCCCCCUAGCCUUCCUAGCAAGCCGCCCCUCCUGGUCCCUGGCGCCCAGCACCCUCUGCCCUCCCUCCAGCAGCCCCCCCUGCAUUCUGGCACCCGUUCUCCUCUCCCUGCCCCGGUCACUGCCCCCCACAGGCCUGGGCCCCCAGCCCCCUCACCCCCCGGGCUGGCCACCCCACAGCCCUCCCUUCCUCCCACCCUCCCUCUCCCUCAUCCCACCACUCCGGCCCCUCCGCCCCCCACCUCCAGAUGGCCCUCACCUGCCCCCUCCCCCUCUGCUCCGUGGGAGCCCCCCUCCUUCCCUGCCACUCCUCCUCAGCUCCCAGGGACCCCCUCCCAGGCGGCCAGCAGCCUCCCAGGCCCUGGGUCGGCCCUGGACGUCCUGGGGGCCUCUCCGCCGUCCCCCACCGCCCGGAGCCGGAGCCGCAGGGAUGACCGCUGGCUGCUGGUGGCCCUCCUGGUGCCCACCUGCGUGUUCCUGGUGAUUCUCUUGGCUGUGGGGAUCGUGUACUGUACCCGCUGCGGGCCUCGGGCCCCCACCAAAAGCAUCACAGACUGCUACCACUGGAUCACAAACUCGGGGGCCAAGGGGGAGCCUGAGCCCAAGGGGGGCAGCCUGGCAGGGGUCAUGACCUGCAGAACCAGUGUGUGAUUGGUGGGAAGGAGGAGGACCAGAGCCUCCCUUCCUCGGACCUGUGAGGAGCCAGCCCUCUCCCAUGGCCCUGGGGGGAGGGCGCCCCACUAGACUGAAGCCCAGGAAACUGCACCCGGGACCGACGGGGAGCCCAGCUGCCCCUUCGGCCCCAAGCUCACUACUACUCUCCAGAGGGUCGGGGGAACCCAGGUACGCUGCCCCCCACCCCAGCUCGCCUCCGCGGACACUGCUGCCCCCGACAGGCACACCUGGGCCAGCUCUGUCUGCCAGGACCCAGGCGCCAGCUCGCUGCACUCGCUGUGGGGCACCGGCCCUCCCGCUGUGCCCCAUCCCCUCUGCUCACCCCUCUCCAGGCCCCGGCCCCACCCAGUGGAAAUUGCUUGGCCCCAGGACCCUGCCAGGGCUUGGGUGCGAGGGGAGGGGUGGCGGGUGGGAGGGGAAGCACACCUGCACUGGCCAGGGCCUGGAAUAUUCUCCAAUAAAUGGGGUGGUGACCCUUAGCUCUGCUUUUCCUAUGGGAGCUGGGGCGGGGCCCAAGGGCUGGAAGGAGGGAGCCCCAGAGACCCCAAGCCCAGUCCAGAGAGGGCCUGGGGGAGGACAGAGAGGCUUUCUUGUCUCCUUUCCCCAAAGCCUCAAAGACCAUCCGUAGGAUCCAUCUUGGAGGCAGCAACACCUGUGAUGACAAAUGAGGAAACUGAGUCUCACAGGGCGGCAGGGACUUCUCUACGGUCACCCUGCUGGUUUGCGGCAGAUGAGUGAUUUGAACCCGGAGAUGUUUCGUGCUCUUUUCUCACUAUGACCUCCCGCAGGACCCUGGCCAGGUCCGGAGACGGGCAGGGAUGUGGCGCUGAGGCUCUCGGACUGCAGGCUCCCAUCUCUCCUGCCUGCCUGCCAGGGUGCUCCCCACGUCCAUCCCCACAGCUGGCCCAGAAGGGAAACGGGAGGGAUGCUCCGAGGGAGGUUCUUGGCUGCUUCCUGGCAGACGGGCGUCCUUUGACGCCCUGAUGUCCCUCUGGGGAGCCCCCCCCCCCAGAGCAUUUGAUCCGCCAGGACCUGCCCUCUGACCCCUUCCAGGGCCCGGGAGGUCGCAGUGAAGGCCAGACUUUGCCGAAGGGGAAGAUGGGAGAAAGGCCCAAGCCUCAGCCUUGGACCUCCUUACUCCCCCGGAGCCCAGAGGAAGGAGUGGGCCUGGGCAUGGAGCUUUAGGAAUUCAGGGGCCUCAAGAGGGAGAAUCAGACAGACUGGGAACCUUUGAAUCUUGGUUUAGAGGAGGAAACUGAGGCAGAAGGCAAGGAGGGCCUUGGUACAAGUCCUGAUCUAGGCUCUGAGGGCCAAUCUGUUCCUGGGGGGGCCCGAAGGCCAAGGGGGGGAGGCUGAGGCUCCUGGGCCCCCCAAUCCCUGUAAUUUCCCAAUCCCAGCAUCUAGGGGUCUCUAAUUACAAGCAGGACUGAGUAUCUCAGCCGCAGCCCCGCCCCUCCCUGGGGCCUCCAUCCCUUUCCCAUGAGGGUGGCCAUGAGAGCCUGAGAGCGCCAGGUCUGUACCAGAGAGCACAUCCCCCUCCUACGGCCUGGGCCCAGCUUGGCCUUCAUAGGGCAAAGUAGGAGGUCCCCAGGGAGGCCUUCCUGAGGGAGUCUGGGAGGGGGAGGGGACGGGGCACCGCAGGGGAGUCUCAACAGGGGCCAGGAUGGGAGGGGGCUGCCGAGGCCCCCAGCAGAGAGAAGGAGGGGCCUGGACCAGGGCUGCCUCUGCUCUCACGUUCCCCUAACUCAAACCAGACGUGCCUCCACCUCUCAGAUCCGGCCCAAGUUUCUAACAUGGGAGCCCAAAGGAGGAAGGGUGGGAGUGGAGGUGGGGGUGGGGUGAGAAAGAGGGAGGGAGACAGACAGACAGAGGAAGAUGUUCACGACACUCCCCACUGCUCUGGGAGACUGAGGCUGACAAACUCCAGAGGCAGGAAAUCGAAAUGCCUGGGGCCGAGGGGGGCCGGGACCACUCCAGGGGUCAGGACGGGAGGCUGCCAAGGCGGAGGAGUGGACAGAAAGAGAAGUGGGGAGCGGGAUGGAGCCGGUAGUAAGGACGAGGCCAGGGAUGAGCUGGGAUGGGGAGACGUCCGGAGAGCAGUUUGCACUGGGGGCAGAAGCCGAGGCCAAGGCAGAGCCGGGCAGAGGUAGAGCAGUGACAGGGCUGAGGUCGAGGGCUGGGAUGGGGCAAAGACUAGGGGGAAAGGGGGAAGAGGAGGGGAUGGGCCAAGGUUAGGGGCAAGGCCUGGGUGAGUGUCUGUGGAGGGGGGAAGGAAGGGGGAUCCUUCCCUUUCGAGCUCCCAGGACAUCUAGGGACACCCCGAUGGCAGGAAGGAGUUAACUCGGCUUCAGCCAAAGCUGGAGGGGGGAAGGGGAGGCGGGAGGGGGCCUCAGAGAGCUCUUUGUCAUCCCCUAAUGAACACCAGAUGCGGGGUGGCGUGCGGCCCUGAACGCCGGCCCCUGCCCGCCCCAACUCUGCCCAGGCCACGCCCCCAAACCUCAUCUCCAAUUGGAAGCCAUAGGCCCCACCCCCAGGGAGCCGUGCCUCCCCAGGCCUUCAAGCCCCGCCCACAGGUAACCCCAGACUCCGUCUUCUUGUAUCGGGACUCGCCCCCUCCGGAUGCCUCUUGUUCUUGUGCUGGGGUCGAGGAUCUGGCUCUAGAUAUUGGAUGCUGGGAUCUCGGAAGCCAUCUAGUCCAGUUGAGGGAGGAGUCCCCCGCAAGGUAGCACUCAGGCACUGCUUGGAGACGUCCCGUUAUGCGUAACUCACUACCUACCAGACCAUUUCACUUUGGGGAAGUGUCCCCUAAUCCCGAGGGAGCUCGUUUUGUUCUCGGAGACCAAGCAGAGCCAAUCUGAACGUUUCUCAACUUCUGGGAUACAGGUAAAACAGUUCCGAUAUGGAAAAACGAAAACUCAAUUCGGUUCAUUUUAUUUAUUGUGAGUCUAAGAUAUGGGAGAGAGGGGGCGGGAGUAAAUGAAUUGGGUCAGAGUGCUGGGGGCGGGACAGGACUCUGGAGUGGCCCCCAUGAGUGAGUCUUUGUCGCCACCUACUGCUCAUAUGACCUAAACUCACCCAAGUGCAAGUCCUCACCUCAGAUGGGUUCAGCCAUUUCCCCAGUUCUCUGAGAUGUAAGGCUGAACGCAACAGUAGCAAUUACUCUGUUCAACUCCUUUAAUUCAUCAAAUAAAACGGAAGCCAACAAAACUAA